UCCAUCCCACCAACAACAACAACAUGGUCCUCAGCACCGUGUUACGCACCCUGCGUGCCAGAUACCACAAGCUGGACUUGAACGAGAAAGAGGUUCAUGACCUGAAGAGCUCUCCUUCAAAAUCUCACUUCUCCACCUUGACCAGCUCAAUCAGACGUGGUCGUCCCUUGACAACCAAGAAGCACAACCUUCAUGACCCUCGCUCUUCGCUUCAGAGCAUUCACGAGGAUGUCUCCUGGGAUGGACCCCAGNUACGUCGCCGAAUGCUUUGCGGCAACACUGUCACCUUCGACCUGAACGCACCCUCAACCCCUGUCAACAGGUGCUUCCCUCUGGAUCCAGCCUCGAUUGAGGUGGAGAUAGAGCGUGAAGAAGAGUCAAUCAACAACGUCUUCCAUGUCCAUACCGAACUGGUUCGCCCUGCUUCAGUCGUCUUUGCCAGACACAUCGCCCGUGGACGUUCCAGCAUUCCUGUACCUGGACAAGAUCGCGAUGUCAUCCAGCUGUUUGUCAGAUUCCUCUACUCUAGCAACAUCCACAGCAAUGUGGCCGAUGCUUGCGACCUCACCGGAGGCUGCGAGACUCUCAACUUCAAGCUUCGCGACGCUUCGUUCGUCCAGCUCCAGACACCAGAUGAUGAAGAGAAGCUUCUGGCCAAAGCCUACCUUUUCGGUUACUCCUACAGCUGCUGGACCUUCUGCGAUGCCCUCGUCGACACUCUGAUCUGCAAGAUCAUCGGUCAGAAGCGCACCCCCAUCCUUCAUGAUCUGCUUGAUCUCAACUCCAGUUGCGCCUCUUACUACCCUCUCAAGAUUCUCAUUGCUCACCUUGCCAUCUACACCUGGUCAGACAACCAGUUCUGUGGUUUCGCUCGUGCACACAAGUUCGACAGAAUGGAUCACGUCAGAUUCUGGGCCGAUGUUGGAGAUUACAAUGCUGUGUACAAGACUGGCGCUUUUGGUUUGCCCAAGGCUCCAUGGAAGAAGAACCCUUGUCACUAUCAUGUUCAUACUUGGUACCCCAAGAUGGCAUACCUUUGCUAUAUUCAGGAGCGU